AAAAAAUUCUGAAUAUAAAAAUUUCUUUAUAUUCAAUCAUCAUGUUAAUAUCGUUUAUAAGAAUUUGGUCAAGACAAAUUUUAAUUCUAUUAUGGCCAAUGAUUCUGUUGGGUGGUGGAUGUUUUUUGAAUCAAUGUCAUGCAUUUAUCGGUGAAGAUUCAACACCAAUAUCAAAUCAUCAUUAUUUGUCAUCAAAUAUUCAUCAGAUAAAUCAUAGUAAUUCUUGGCCAAUCGAUCGUUAUGAUAACGAUGGUGAUCAAUCAACAAAUCGAGAAAAUAUUAAUUUUUUCGAUCAAAUCAAUGCAAAAAAUCAUCGACCAUCCAGUUUUAUAUCACCAUCUGAAAGUCAAUCUCGUGUAGCUAUAGCAUCGCCUGAUGAUGAUAAUGAUUAUGAUCAUAAUUAUAAUUCAAAACAUUCAAAUCGUUUGCAAUUUUCGGCUCAAUCAACCAAUCCUAAUGUUUAUUAUUAUAGUCCGAAAAACUAUGGACGAACAUCAAAUCAUUCAUCAUCAUCAAUGAUAACAUCAACUCCAGGAUCGACAAUCGAAACGCAACAAACUGCUUCACAUCAUCUUAAUACACCAGAAACAAAAUCUUCAUAUUCAUCAUCACCAGUAAUGACAUCUGUGGACAAAUCGAGUAAAAUUCAAUUUGAAUCAAAUGAUCCAUCAUUAUCAUCAUCAUCAUCCUCUUCAUCGCCUGGAAAGACAUUAUUGAUACAUAAAUUCUAUAAUCAUGAUCUAUCACAAAUGACUGCCGCUUUGAAUAAACAUACGGGUAAUAAUGUUCCAGAGAUAUUCAUUUCAAGUGGUCAUUUGAAUCAAGGUUCAACCAAUCCGAGCAAAUCGGAACAUUCAACUAUAGAUCAAGAUAAUGAAAAUGUAACUUAUGAUGACGAUGAUGAUGAAAGCGAUGUAAAUGUGCAUAAUGAUCAAGAUGGUGAUGAUCAACUGUCACCACCUUCAAAUAUAAUAUAUCGUCAUAGACAAUUCCCAUCAGAUAAUGAUCGUAGCGACAGUGGUUCAUCAUCACCAACCUCAAUUAAAAGCGUUUAUCGAUUGCAUAAACCUAAUAGUUCAUCUAGUAGUCCAAGGUUAUUGCGAAGAUAUUAUACAACGGGAAAAUCACCAUCAACAUCGAUACCGAUGGCAGCUACUUUACGACAUAUGCAAACAUCUCAUUCUCAUCCUAUGCCACAUUAUUAUAUACCAUCAUCGGGAUUAUCAACACAUUCACAUGGAAUGUAUGAUACAUCAUCAUUAGGAGGUCAUCAUGGUACAAACCAUCAUCAUAUAAGUUUACCAGAAAAAUCUGGUACAUGGCUUGGAUCAGGAUUGGCUGCUGGUAUCUUGAUCGGUGCCAUACCAUUUGGCAUUAUGAUGGCAUCGAUGAUGCCAACUUUAUUUACUGGUGCAAUGCCGAUUGUUAAUACAGCUGCAGUAGGUAAAAGACGUCGACGUAGAAGUAUCUUAGAUGAUUGGGCAACAAUUGUUGGUCAACAACAAUCGACAAAUAGUAGAAGAUCGAUUAGUUUAUUAGAUCAUGUAACAAUGGAUAAAUUAGGUGUGUUCAUACGACGAGGUAUUGUCGAUAUCAUAAAAUUAUUGAAUGAACAAAAUGAUAAUUUUGGUCAUGAUAUGGCCAAAAAUAAUCAUCGGGUUCCAUUCGAUCGAAAUGAUGGUGUCAAACAGCAACAGCAGCAACAACAACAACAGCCAAAGCCAUCAUAUUUAUAUUCUGAUGGUAAUUUCAAUGACAAUGGUAACAAUUUGUAUAUGAAAACGAUAGCUAAAUAUGCAUUGGCUGCAUUGGACGAACCAAAAUGUAUUAAAGAAAUGUUAUGUUCAUUGAUGGCCGAUGGUCGACAUGCACGAACAACACCAUGGCAAAAAACUUUAUAUUUAUUGAUCAAAUGGUUGCCCAAAAAUUUUGAAAGAAGUAUUGGUUUGGAUGAUUUAUUCACAGCUGUACGACGAAAUUCAUGCCUACAAUCAUAUAGAUGUCCAAUUACAAUCCAUUCAUUGAAUACAAAUCAUAAUCAAUAUAAUGAUCGUCAUCCAAAUAAUAAUCAAAAUAAUCAUCAUCAUCAACAACGGCAACAUGAAUAAUCAUUAUUAUCAUAAACACAUGAUUAUUGAACAAAGUGUUUGAUCAAG